AUGACAGCGACAGCGACGCCGCUGCCCGUCGCGGGCAUGGCGAUCGUCCUCAGCACGUUGACUUCGGAGUCCUCCAGCGUUCAAUUUCUCUUUCCCUUCAUCCCCUUCAUGGUUCACAGUUUUGGUGUCGACGAGGAGGAUGUUGGAUUCUACGCAGGAUGGAUUGCUUCAUCCUUCAUGUUAGGGCAGUUCUUGUCAUCACUCUUCUGGGGUUGGGCGUCGGAUCGCAUCGGCAUUCGUCCUGUCUUGCUGUCAGGGCUUGCAGCUACUGUCAUAGGAACUGUUGCCUUCGGCUUCUCCAAGAGCCUCAAGCAAGCGAUCCUUGUUCGUCUUGCCUGCGGCCUGUUGAAUGGUAACAUAGCGGUUGUCAAGACGUACAUCGGACUGAUCACGGAUGAGACGAACGAAGCUCGGGCGUUCGGCUCCAUCGCUCUGUGCUGGGGAGCAGGAGGAAUCAUCGGGCCAACCAUCAGCGGCCUCCUAUCCGAGCCUGCCUCCAAGUACCCCAACGUGUUCGGCGAGAACUCAAUCUGGUCGGAGUAUCCUUACCUCCUUCCCUGCCUCGUGACGUCCGUCAUCCCCACGUUUGGCUUCCUGGUUGGGAUCUUCUUCCUCAAAGAGCCUGAUCGUAAGUCAAAACCUCACGACGGUAGCCUUGCACACGUCCAGCUGGAAGAAGAGACGGACGACAACUGCGCCGAGUCAGCCAAGUGGGAGAAGCAGGAGAUGGGAGAUGCAGCGAGCUUCAAGGAGAAGAAGUGCCUUGUGCGCAGUGAUUCUGCCAUGACAUACGCAUUCUCUAAGAAAGCGCUGCUCGCCUCCGUCGCUUACGCUCUCCUAAGACUUGUCGUCAUCUGCCUGGAUGAAGCCACUCCGCUCCUCAUGUCUAUUCCGCGGGCAGCUGGAGGUUUGGACUUCAACACCUCCGACAUUGGCCUCGCGCUCUUUGGGCAGGGGCUCCUCCUUGUUCUCCACGUUCUCAUCAUAUUCCCCAACCUCAAGAUGUGA